UACGGGGGCCAUAUUUGUUGAUGUGUCACCUCAACGGGACAUAGCACUAACGUUAACGAUCAUUUUUUUGGGGGGGGAUUGAAAGAUUAAUAGUAAUCUCAGUAAAUGGAUCUAACAUAACAGGUCUAAAGCCUUAGGAAAGCAUGGAGCAGUCUGACUGUGAAGGAGAACAGCGCUCAGCUGCUGACCUAUUUCAGAGUUCAGAGGUCAGCUCACUGCCUAUGAGGUCAUUGCAGAUCAGCGAGGAUAGUAGUGGGCAGGAGUUAAAAGGAAUAGAUGUGGACGUUGGUGCAGUGGAUGGAGGAUCUGAGCAAGACAGCAUGGAAUUGGACAGCUUGCAGUCUGAUGGUGCAGAAAGGGUGGGACUGAGGCUGGACUUGCAUGCUCAGGAUCAGGAAAGAGCAGGUGGAGAGGACGAGCAAGGUGACAGCCACGCCAGCUGUGACAGUGGAACGGCUUCCUUGGAUGAUGCCAGGACUCCCCCAGAUCAUCAAAAUGGGCUUGUAGAGUCCUUGCCCGCUGUUGUGGAUGAGACGGUAGAAGAUUUGACAAGUGAGCUCCAGGAGCCAAAACAGUGCCGUUCUUCUGUUGCAGAAGAAGAGGCACCUCUAAAUGGAGUUAAAGAGUUCGACGAAUCUUCCUCAGCUGAAACAGACCCCUCAGUGGACGUAGCCCAACUCCAAGCCCCGGCCAGUCCAGGCGGCACUGGCACAAUCACAAGUUCAGAUGUGGAAGGUCUGCCGCAAGCUCAGGAGUCUUUUCACUCAGACUCAGCAUCCACCACCAAUCUGUAUGAUACAGACUGCAGCAGGAAGCUGAUGUCGGCGAUCCAGCGCUCCAUGUCUCAGGAAUCCCUGCUGGACGAGCUGGAGUCAGAGUUGCUGAACUUCCGGCUAGCCGAGCCAGGCAUCUGCAGAGUGAGCCCAUCCAAUGGCCUGGCCAAGGAUCAGAUGGUCUUCGAGAAGUGUGUCCAGUACAAGUACUCGCAACAGGAAAAGGCCAUCAAAAGGUUGCUGGAUGAGAAUAAAAAGCACCAGGAACUGAUCCUGGGCAUCUGCUCUGAAAAAGACAGCAUGAGGGCAGAGCUGAAGAAAAGGAUGGAGACAGAGAAACAACACCUUGGCACCAUUAAGAAGUUUGAGAGCAGGGUGGAGGACCUAGUCAAGGAAUUAAAGGAGUCCAAGGACAAACUGGUUCACCAGGACCAGGCUGCCAAAAAUGCCCUGCAGCAGAUGCAAAGGGAGAUGUCCUACCGUCUUGAACAGGCUGGCAAGAAGUGUGAGGAUGCACGGCAGGAGAAGGAAGCAAUGGUGAUGAAGUAUGUGCGGGGGGAGAAGGAGGCCCUGGACCUGCGGCGGGAGAAGGAGCAGCUGGAGAGGAAGCUGAGAGAGGCCACGGCAGAGGUGGACAAGCAGGCCAGGAGGGGCAACCAGCUGGCACAGGAGAAAGGACGGCUCCAGCAGCUCCACGAUGCCAAGGAGAACGAGAUGGUCAAGUUAUCUCGGGAGGCAGACCGGCUCAAAGAGGAGGUCAACUCCCAUGUAAUCAAAGUGAAAUGGGCCCAGAACAAGCUGAAGAGUGAGAGCGAUGCUCAUAAGGAAACAAAAGACAAGCUCAAGGAAACGGUAGCCAAGCUGACCCAGGCUAAAGAGGAGACGGAGCAGAUCCGCAAGAAUUGCCAAGACAUGAUUCGCACCUACCAGGAGUCUGAGGAAAUUAAAUCCAAUGAACUGGAUGCAAAGCUGCGGGAGACGAAGGGAGAGCUGGAGAAGAACAAGCAGGAACAGACAGACCAACAGGAGAUGCACCGAGCCAAGAUUAAGGAGCUGGAAGAUCUAAAGAGGAGCUUUAAAGAAGGCAUGGAUGAGCUUACCACUCUCCGAACCAAGGUGAAGUGUCUAGAAGAUGAGAGGCCUCGGUGGGAGGACGAGCUGUGUAAAUACAGAGAAAUAAUCAACAAGCAGAAGUCAGAGAUCCAGAGCCAGCGUGAGAAGCUGGGGGCAGUUCAGAGUCUGGAGGAGCAGCUUCAGCAAACUGAGCAGGAGAUGGCAUCUCUGAAGGACGAGGUCGAGGGCCUGAACUCUCAGAUCACCGACCUGCAGAGAGAUGUGCAGGGCGGCCGCUUGCGGGAGGCUGAGCUCCUGGCCUUCACCGAGAGGCUGACGAGCAAGAACGCCCAGCUACAGUCGGAGAGCAACAGUCUCCAGGCCCAGCUGGACCGCCUGGCCUCCAGCUCCCGAGAGCUGCAGUGCCGGCUGGAGGAGAGCGAGAGAAGCCUCGCAGACAUGACUGCCAAGCUGAAGAGAGAGAAGCAGAACAGGCAGGAGGACGUGCAGGCUCUGCAGGCCGAGCGGGCAGCCCUGCAGGAAGAGGCGGCUCAGCUGGCGACACGCGUGGAGGAACUGAGAGACGACUUGGUCACGCAGAAGAGGAAGCAGGCGGCCAACAUCAAGGACCUCACCAAGCAGCUCACGCAAGCACGUAAGAAGCUGGAGCAGGUGGAGAACGGGGGCUGUGAUCGGGAGGGCAGCAGCAUGGGCAGUCGCUCCAGCUCUUCAGGCUCUCUGAACGCCCGAGGCAGCAGUACGGACGACCGCUCUCCGGAGAACCAGUCGGGUCCGUCCGUGGUGGUGGUGGACAGCUUCCCCGAGGUGGAUAAGGCCGUGCUGGUGGAGCGCAUCGUGCGCCUGCAGAAAGCACACGCCCGCAAGAACGAGAAAAUCGAAUUCUUGGAGGACCACAUUAAGCAGCUGGUGGAGGAGAUCAGGAAGAAGACAAAAAUUAUCCAGAGCUACGUGCUGAGAGAGGAGUCCGGGGCCCUCUCGUCUGAGGCAUCGGAUUUUAACAAAGCACACCUCAGUAAGAGGGGCGGCAUCAUGGCCUCGCUGUACACCUCGCAUCCGGCCGACAGCGGCCUCACCCUCGACCUCUCGCUGGAGAUCAACCGCAAGCUUCAGGCAGUACUGGAAGACACACUGCUGAAGAACAUCACCCUGAAGGAAAAUCUCCAGACGCUGGGCUCAGAGAUUGAGAGACUCAUUAAACAGCAGCGGCCCCACGAACACGUUGCCAGCAGAAAGUGACCGUAGUGCUCAAAGAGGAGUGGACUGUGUGGAGGAGGAGAAGAGCAUGUGUCUGAGUGGACCGUGCGGCGGGGGAAGACGCUACAGAAUACCGUUCGAGUUUACAGGAGUUCAGGUGCUCUAAAGGACCAAUUAUUUUGGCAAGCCCCUAGGCUGUCAGAGAACUAAGACAUCUCACCAACACACACAGAAACACAUACACGUAAGCAUGCUCCCUACCUGCCAGAAAGAGACUGACCUCUCGGAGGACUCCGCUUGCCUCCAUCUGCUUAGUGUCAGACCUUCCUCCUCUCUAGCUGACUGCCUCACACACACACAUCCACAGCUCCACCAAGCUGCACACCUCACCUCUGCUCUCACGUGCUCACACACAUGUCCAGCGUGAGCUGCUUUAUGGAAUGUAGCUGCUGCACCUGCCCCACAUUUGCAGAGCAAGUCUCCAAAGCUCACGGCAAACUUGCACAAUCUUAAACCCAAUGACUUGAAAAUGUCCAAAACCUUGAAGGUGAACGAAUGAAUGAAUGGAAUAAUUAAUGGUUGAGAGAAUGGGCCUCCUGUUGUUGGUACCUUUCAAUUUUUCCUUGAAGAAGUGAAAGUACUUGACCCUACUAAUGGAGACCUAUUGAACAAAAAGGGGAUUCACUGGGUAAUGGUACAUUGUAGAGGAGGACUACUCCAAACCUGUUUCUCCUCAUUAUCUCACUGCAUAGAGACCAUGAUGCAUAUGUGCCAAUUACUGAAUGUGUUGUGUAACGAGCAGCCUCUAAUGCACACUCCCACGUGUUCUAGCCUGAGAGGGGACAUUGUUCUCCAAAAGGUUCUCUUCCGCCUGUGGGCCAUUUUCUCUCCACAACCUGUGUACAGCACUUAAGCAAGGAGUGUCAUGCCAAAAAAUACAGUGCCUCCACUUUGCCCAUAUUAAGCGUCUGAUUACAGAAUAAUUCACAUUAAUCACAAUAUCUAUAUCUAAAAUAUCUGGAUAUGUCUAGGGUUGAUCUUUAGUAUCUGGUCAUCAUUUAUUUAUUCUAGUGAAUGGUCUAAAUUAAGUUCUUAUUGGAUACAUUUUUUUCCCUUUGUCUUGCUAGAAGAGUUAUUCAACAUUGCUUUUGUUCUCUGUAGAAACUCAGUAUUGAUAUUUUUUGCACACACACAAACACACAGUUUCCCUGUUUAAAAAAAAAAAUUGGUGUCACAGUUUCUCGUUUAGCUGUGCUUAGAGAUAAGUGGGAAAGUCCAAUUCACUGAAGGAAACAUUUAAAUCUUGAGGGCAUAAGUGCAAUUAUGUUUUCCUCCCCUCAGUAUUUGGCAUUACAAAACAUGCCUGAGCUGUGAUGAUCACAGCGACUGUUCCUUAGUCCAUAUCAGAAUCCUCUGGUAGGUUCCAGUCCCCAUGCCUGUAUUUUACAGGGCAUGUUCUGAAGCCGUGGGGAGAUGAUAGCCUACACGUUCCUGCUCCGCCCUCUGAAGUGUUGGGAAAGAAUUCCUCAUCGCCUGCUACUCAUUGGCUUCUUUCAUUCAUCUUUAUUCUGCACAUGCUUGCAGAAGCCAAAAGGAUGAACGAUCAUGUGGGGCACAGAGUAUGUACAGAAACCCACCUCACGGCUGAUUGACAGCCUUUCCCCUGGUGUCAUGCCCACCUAAACACAGGAAUUACUGACCCGCAUCCAGAAGCCACCAAGUGGGGUUAAUACUACACUGCACCCUGAGCUCAGCCCAGGGCCAGGGCUGUGAGCUUCAUAAUGCAGAAUCUGCAGCUUCCCCCUUCACACUCCGUCAGCCUGAACACGUCACUGACGUUCCCUGCAGAUAAAGAAAAUAUUUAUGCAAUGUUGGGAUAACAUAUUUGCAUUGAACCCAGAACUCCAGGAUUAACACUGUCAAAUCUGUCAAUACUUCUUCAGGGGCCAUUUCUUAAUUUAUUAAAUGUCCCUCAGAAAUUCUCUUUUGAAGUAUGAAAUGACAAGCAUUAUGAAGAAUGUUCGUGAGUGGUGAAUUGUAACUGAUCCAGAAGAAAAAAGAAAAAAAUUGUUGCUGGUCUGUCUAUGCUCUGUUUGAUUGUGUAGUCAGUCAAACUGAUUAUAAAUUUGUAGAUACAAUGUCAUGUAAAAUUAUAUAUAAUGUUUUUAAAGCUAUGAAUCUUGAUUCCUUUGUGUACAUAUGGUGCAUAUGGGGAAUUAAAGCUGGCUAUGUCCACUGGA